AGGGUCCAUCGUUUCGCACUAGAUUUUAGGCCGAGUUUAGGGCAGCAUCCGGGUACUUUCAGUGCACUAAGCACUUAAAUGUAGUGUUCGAAGUAUAGAAGUGCGCGGAUUGGGACACACCCCACAUCUCUGACUCCUGUUUGCUUUUUUCACUCCGUACUUUUAACCAAAGUAGCUAAUGCUAACAAUGCUAACCGGUUAGCUGUGGUCCGGUCAGAGAACUGUUAAAGUAGCUAAUGCUAACAAUGCUAACCGGUUAGCUGUGGUCCGGUCAUUGAGCUCAGUUGGUCCAUGUGGUUAAGGUUGUGUAGUUAGACGCAAACGGUCGUUUAACGGUAAAAUGCGGGUCUUUCUCGGUGUUAAAACGUAUCAGCUGGUCAGCAGAGUCUUCAUUCAUCCCAUUAGUCCACCUGCAGCAGUGAGGUGUGGCAGAGCUGCGUCCAGAUGUGUCCACGGUUCAUCAGAAAAUGGAAAACAUCCACCCUCCAUGCUCAGACACCUCACCUCUAAAAUCAAAGCCACGGGUCCGAUUCCGGUGGCCGAGUACAUGAGGGAGGUCCUCACCAACCCUGUGACGGGUUAUUAUGUGAAGAAGGACGUGCUGGGACCUGAUGGAGAUUUCAUCACAUCACCAGAAAUCAGCCAGAUCUUUGGAGAGCUGGUCGGCGUGUGGAUCGUCAGCGAGUGGAUGGGAGCUGGUCGGCCUGGAACGCUGCAGCUGGUGGAACUCGGACCGGGAAAAGGAUCUCUGGCCGGAGACAUCCUCCGAGUGUUCAGCCAGUUGCGGUCGGUUUUGGGUGAAACCUCUGUGUCGCUCCACCUGGUGGAGGUCAGUCCGGCUUUGAGUCUGGUUCAGGCCCAGAACCUGACGGGGACCUGCAGCCGCGAGGCCCACAGAGAGGAUGACCCGGUUUACCGGCGCGGUACAACCGGGAUGGGGACGCCAGCGUCCUGGUACCGCCGCCUGGAGGACGUCCCGGCAGGUUUCAGCAUCUUCGUAGCUCACGAGUUCUUCGAUGCUCUGCCGAUCCACAAGUUCCAGAAGACAGAACAAGGCUGGAGGGAGGUGAUGGUGGACACGGACCCGGACAAGCCGGACGCGCUGCGCUUCGUCCUGGCUCCGUCUCCAACUCUGGCCUCGUGCACCCUCGUACAGGCAGGUGAGAGGCGGGAGCAUGUGGAGGUGUGUGCAGAGGGCGGAGUCAUCAUCCAGCAGCUGGCCCAGCGAAUCGUAGGGGACGGCGGCGCGGCACUGAUAGCUGACUACGGCCACGAUGGAACCAAGACGGACACGUUCAGGGGUUUUAAAGAGCACCAGCUCCACGACGUCCUGUCCUCUCCCGGGUCAGCUGACCUCACUGCUGACGUGGACUUCAGCUACUUAAGGUGGAUGGCCGGAGGGGGCGUGGCCUGUCUUGGACCCAUCAGCCAGAGGACCUUCCUGAAGAACAUGGGCAUCGACACCCGGAUGCAGGUUCUCCUGAGGAGCUGCAGCGAUGCGUCCAGCAGGAAGCAGCUGAUCAGCAGCUACCACCGGCUGACCGACCCUGCAGACAUGGGCCAGCGCUUCCACUUCUUCAGCCUGCUGCACCCCGGCCGGCUGGCCAGGCCCCAGCACCCGGAGGGGCUGAAGCUGGAGAGGAAGAGGAGCCCGGCGCCGCUGCCGGUGGCCGGCUUCUCCGAGCUCAGCUUCUCCUGACGGGACUUUGUUAAUCCUCCUGAGUGGAACACCAGAAACUGCCAUGGACCUGUUCCCUUUUCAUCCAAAUAAAAUAAAUAAAGAAUCA